AUGGCAAAUAUACAUAGAUUAGGUGAUAAUAAUGAUUAGUAAAAUAAUUAUCAGAACUUUAGGGGUGCUGGAGGUUCAUAGAUCAUGUCAAUGUUUGGUAAUUAAGUUGAUAAUAGAGAUUAGGAGGAAUUGAUUCAGAUCCAAGAGGUGAGAAUUUUUUUGACAUGCUUAAAAAAUCAUUCUGUCCAAAACUUAAACUAAUUUCUUUUGCAACAAUAAUUUCAGCAGUGAUAAUAGUUCUUUAUAUUACAAUGUUAGGAGUAGGGGGAGUGAAUAAAAGUGAUCGAUUUUUAUCUGUAUAUAAAACAACAUUGAAUAAUUUUGGAGGAAAUAAUCCAAAUGAUGUGAAAUAUAAUUUUGAAAUAUUCAGAUGGGUGACUUCAUUGCUUUUGAUAGGAGACUUCUACAAUUUGGUGAUAGCAAUAUUUAUGAUAUUUAUAUGCUAUUCACUUUUAGAAGCUACACAAGGAUUAUAAUUAACAAUAAUAUUAUUUUUUGGAGGAGGAGCAAGUGGUGCCCUAUUUGGAGACUUAUGUAAUUUAUGCAAAUAAGAUACUUAUUCAGAAGCAUUUGCAUGUAUUUAUGCUUGUGUAGGAUUUUUAAUAGGGGUAGAUAAUUUAUCAAAAUUUAAUAGUAUAUAAUUCUAUAUUGGCAGAAAUUAGAUGCAUUAGGAGAUAUGAA